UUCGUAUAAAAUUGCACAAAUUCAGAUCAGCCAGAUCACACAUGCGAGAAAAUGGUAUUACCCUCAACGAUAUUGUAAACAAACAUGAUAAUAAAUUAGGUAUAAAGCCAUAUCACAAACCACACAUGGUCAUACCGGUGUCACUCAAAAAUUAUUUGGACACUGAAUACUACGGACUCAUAUCACUGGGAACUCCGGCGCAAAAUUUCAAAGUUCUAUUUGAUACGGGCAGCGCAAACCUAUGGGUGCCCUCACCAUCGUGUUUAUCGUACGCCUGUCUUAUUCACCGCAAAUACAAAUCACGCCAAUCGUCAACAUAUGUGGCCAAUGGCACGGCGUUUGCCAUACAGUACGACACGGGUAGUGCCGUAGGAUUUUUGAGCACCGAUACCCUAACCAUCGGGUCAGUCAAAGUAGUCAACCAGACGUUUGCCGAGACAACUCAAGAGUCGAGCACUACGUUUGUGUUCGCGCAGUUUGACGGUAUACUAGGGCUGGCUUUUCAGCAAGAUGCCAUCGACCAGGUGGUGCCACCAUUUUACAAUAUGCUGGCGCAGGGAUUGCUGGCCAAAUCCGUGUUCUCGGUCUAUCUGAACCGUAACACUACCAGUGGUCAGAUUGGGGGUGAAGUGCUAUUUGGUGGCAUAGACCCGGCCCACUAUACAGGUAACAUUGCGUACGUGCCUGUUACCCGACAGAUCUAUUGGCAAUUCACCAUGGCCUCGGUACAGGUAGGCAAUGACCAGGGUAGUACAUUUUGUCAAAAUGGUUGCCAAGCGGUGGCCGACACGGGCACCUCGUUGAUUGUUGGCCCCACCGAUGAGAUCGAUGCUAUUAAUAAACUGCUCGGCGCUGAAGAUAUUGGUAGCGGUGAAUAUAGCGUUGACUGUACUAAUGUGACCGCAUUGCCGACCAUAACGUUUACGAUCGGCGGUAUAGGCUAUGCGUUACAGCCCUCGCAAUAUAUACUGCGAGAAACGGUACUGUUUGUGGAGAUUUGUUUAUCGAGUUUUCAGGGUCAGAAUAGUUCCCUGUGGAUACUCGGGGACGUUUUUAUCGGUGCAUAUUACACCGUGUUUGAUUAUGGUAAAAAGCGGGUGGGAUUUGCUACGACCGUGAAU